ACAGCUGGGUGUGAGUCUCACUCAGAGCUCUCACCCAUGUACAUGUCUUAACAAGCUUGUCAUCUCUUUCCUUACUUACUGAAACGAAAUGCUCAUGACAAUGGCUGUUAAAGUUGCUGCGUGACUAUUAACCACGGUAACGGUACCUGACGUCACUCUUCUCUGAGCAUCCUAUGGUGGAGUAUUAGAUUACAUUUCCUAGAAUGGCGGGUCAAAUCAUGUUUUUUGUGUUGCUUUUGGGAAUGACAGGUGUAGUCACUACUCAGGCUGUCAGACCUCUUUACCCAACAUCUGGAACUGUAAGCUCUGCGGUCGAUGAUGGAAGUUCUCCACAGAUUACCCUGCUAAGACCUUUUUUCUAUUUUGGGCGGACAUAUAACAGUAUUUACGUCAAUCAUAACGGACACCUAACAUUUACUGGUCCACUAAGUGAAUAUAGAAGUCAGAGGUUCCCACAAGGCAUCAGAGACAUCAUUGCUCCAUUCUGGACAGAUUUAGACAACAGAGGAAAUGGUCAGAUCUACUACAACCAAUACACAAGUGGAACUGUUCUCCAGCAAGCUACACGGGACAUCAAUCAAUACUUUCCAGGACUGAACUUUAAUGCCAACUGGGUCUUUGUUGCAACAUGGUAUGAGGUGGCCUAUUAUCCCACAAGUGGAACACGCACUACUGUCCAAGCUGUGCUGAUCUCUGGAGACCAACAUUCAUUUCUGCUGAUGAACUACGGUAUAAUAGCCUCAACAACACUGAACAUUCAGGCUGGUUAUGAUACAAUUGGCUCCACUCACUAUUAUGUCCUCCCUGGAUCAUUCACUAGUGCUGCAUCAGGGAGUAACUCAAAUUUUCGUCUUGGCAGCAACGUCAAUGAACCUGGUCGCUGGGCCUUCCGGACAGACCAUGGAUCAACAGGCUGCACUUUUAAUGGUGAAUUAGUGCAGCUGGGUGCUUCAUUCUGGAGUGACAGUACCUGUGCACAGAAGUGCACAUGUACCUCAACAGGCCUGCAGUGCCGCAACCAGCCGUGCUCCUUUUCACAAAUCUGCAAGCCAGCUUCCUUCCAGUUCUCCUGUCAGACAGUGCCAAGAGGAACCUGCACCAUAAGUGGUGAUCCCCAUUACUACACCUUUGAUGACACAGUGUUUCACUUUCAAGGCACUUGCACCUAUGUUCUCUCUGAGCAAUGUAACAGUGGACUGCCCUACUACAGAGUAGAGGGCAAAAAUGAGCACAGAGGCAGUACUCGAGUUGCUUGGACACGACUGGUGAAAGUGCAUGUCUACAAUGACACAAUUGAGCUUGUCAAAGGACGUCGUGGUCAGGCUAAGGUUAACGGGAACUUUGCAUCCACUCCAUUCUCCCUUAGGAAUGACACCGUGCAGGUUUAUGAGUCAGGUUUUUCUGUGUUUGUCAGCACUGACUUUGGUUUAGUGGUGUCUUAUGACACAAAUCAUUAUGUCCAGAUCAGCUUGCCCUACACUUACCAGAAUGCAACAUGCGGUCUUUGUGGAAACUUCAAUGGCAUUCGUAGAGAUGACUUUCAAACUCGGGAGGGUGAGGUUGUGAGCUCUGAUGUGGUUUUUGCUAACAGCUGGCAAGCAUCUGGGGAUGAUGAGCCUGGCUGUGGGCCACAGUGUGCAGGUCUGGACUGUGCUGUUUGCACUGUAGAAGAGACAGCAUUGUACAGCAACACUGACCACUGUGGUAUCCUCAGCAGUAGUUCUGGACCUUUUGCAGCUUGCCAUCAACAACUUCCUCCACAGUCCUUUGCGGACAGUUGUGUUUAUGAUCUGUGUGUAGGAGGAGGGUACCAACCCAUUCUCUGUCAAGCCCUAAGUGUGUAUGCAAGUCAGUGUCAACAAAAUGGUGUUCAGCUACCAAGUUGGAGGAGACCCGGCUUUUGUGAAAUCCCAUGUCCAGCCAACAGCCACUUUGAGUCUGAAGGCACAGGAUGCCCAGCUACCUGUGUCAAUCCCAACUCUACCCACAACUGCCCUCUACCUUCUCAGGAAAGCUGCAUCUGUGAUUCAGGCUACAUCCUCAGUGGUGGAGUCUGCGUCCCUCAUGCUGAGUGUGGCUGCAGCUUUGAGGGCCGUUACUACCGCUCUGGACAAACUGUAAUACUAGACGAAAACUGUGGGAGACGUUGUAGCUGCAGUUAUGGCUCCAUGACUUGUCAGUCUCAUGGUUGUGGCCCACUUGAAUCAUGCAAGGUGGAAGAUGGAGAAAGAGGAUGCAGACCAAAUAGCUAUGAAACAUGUUGGAUCAGAGGCCCAGGGUCAUAUCAGACAUUUGAUGGACUGACAUACCAAUAUCCUGGAGCGUGUCGACUGACACUUGCCAAAGUUAUGGGACUGUCCAGUCACCCACACUUCAUGGUGACAGCAGAAAAAGUGCCAAGAGGCCAGCAAGGUUUUGCAGGAAUUCUGCAUUUUGAAGCAGAGGGUAUACACGUAUCUAUUGAGAUGGCAAGGAACAGUAAAGUGAAGGUUAAUGGUCAGCUGAUCAGGCUGCCUUUCAGCACUCCAUCCAACCGCAUCCAACUCUUCCACAGCAGCAUUUACAGUGUCAUCAUUCGCACUUCCUUUGAUGUAACUGUACAAACGGUCUGGCCUCACUUUGUCCGUGUCACUGCUCCUGGUGUCUACAAUGGUUCCCUGGGUGGACUCUGUGGUGACUACAAUGGUCAUCCAUAUGACGACUUCCGCACACCCAAUGGUGUCCUGGUCAACAGUUCUCAGGACUUUGGAGACAGUUGGCGAGAUGGCUCUCUGGCUGCUCACUGCGUGGAAAGCAUGAACCAAAAUUCUACAACUAAUUACAAUUCUAGUGAGUACUGUGGCAUUCUCAGAUCACCAGAUGGGCCAUUUGUACCCUGUUGGUCUGUGGUUGACCCAAGGCAGCAGGUGGAUGUAUGUGUGGAGAUCAUGAGGGGCUCUAGCGAUCCAGCAUCAACUCUGUGUGAUGUCCUACGAGAUUAUGCACUAAUGUGUCAACAGAAGGGUGUUGCCUUAGGACAAUGGAGAAAUGCAACUGGCUGUGCACUAACCUGCCCGUCAAACAGCCAUUAUGAACUCUGUGGAACGUCUUGUCCUUCUUCUUGCCCCAGCCUCUCUUUCCCCUUCACCUGUGAUACUGUGUGCCAGGAGGGUUGUCAGUGUAACAAUGGUUUUAUUCUCAAUGGCGACCAGUGUGUUCCACCAACAUCUUGUGGAUGCUAUCACCAAGGACGCUAUCGCGAAAGUGGUGAGCAGUUCUGGGAUAGUGAAGAAUGUCAGAGCUUGUGUACCUGUAACGGCACUACAGGGAACGUCCGCUGUACUCCCAACUCCUGUGGCCCCCAGGAGUCCUGCCGUGUGGUGGAGGGUGAGUUUGGCUGCCAUCCCAACCCCCAUGGCACCUGCUCUUCCUCUGGAGACCCUCACUACAUCACCUUUGAUCGUAAGGCCUAUGACUUCCAAGGAACCUGCCGCUAUACUCUGGUGACCCUUUGUAAUGCCACUGAUGACCUCAAUCAGUUUUCUGUGGAAGCUAAGAAUGAGGCAUUGAAUGGGCGUCCACUUUCAACAGUAGCUGAAGUUUUUGUGAAUGUGUGGAGCUACGAUGUGCAUAUGUCAAGGGAUAGAAGAGGUUUGGUACAAGUGAAUGGAGUAACUAGAAAUUUACCUAUUAACUUGAAUGAAGGUAACGUGUCUAUCUAUGCAACAGGAUCUCGUAUAGUUGCCAGCACUAAUUUCGGCUUGAGUGUCACCUAUAAUGGAUAUAGUGCAGUGUUUAUCUCCGUACCACCAAAUUACAGAGAAAAAAUAUGCGGACUUUGUGGAAAUUUUAAUGGAAAUCCAAAUGAUGAUUUUCACACACCAUCUGGAACGAUAGUCACAUCUCCAGAUGAGUUUGGGAGAGCCUGGAAGGUGCCAGGCAACUACACGUGCAAUGAUGGCUGUGGCUCCUCCUGUCCACAGUGUGCCAAUGAACAGCCCGCUAGAGAUCAGUGUGAGGUGAUCCAGGCAGCUGAUGGGCCCUUCAGUUUCUGCCACGAGGAGGUGGACCCGGCACCAUAUUUCAACGACUGCGUGUUUGAUGUAUGUUUGUCAGGAAUACAAGGCCACGAUCUCUUGUGCAGUGCCAUUGAAUCAUAUGUCAGUGCGUGUCAGUCUGCUAAUGUUCGAAUCUAUCCGUGGAGGGAGAACACCACCUGCACAUUGGACUGUCCAGCCAACAGCCAUUAUGAGCUGUGCGGUACUGACUGUGGCCACACCUGUGCCAGUAGCAUUGAUGAAACCUGUGAGCAGUUCUGCUCUGAGGGAUGUUUCUGUGACGAAGGCUUCAUCAAGAGUGGGACCAGGUGUGUCCCAGUGGAAAGCUGUGGCUGCCAAUAUGAUGGAUUCUACUAUGAUGCUGGCGAGUCCUUCUGGACAGACGGUUGCUCCCAGAGAUGUGAAUGUCACGCUCCCAAUGACCUGCGAUGUUCUGCUGCAUCUUGCACUCCUGCACAAGAGUGCUCCAUCAGAGACGGACAGCUGGGCUGUUACGAUGCUAUGUCCACCUGCACUGUGUGGGGGGAUCCACACUACAUCACCUUUGAUGGAGCAGUGGCUCAUUUCCAGGGAACUUGCUCCUACAUCAUCACUGAGAGCACGAACCAUGGCACUAAUGAAACCCAGUUUCAGGUGAUAGCCACCAACAAUCACCGUGGAAACAACCGUGUGUCAUUUGUGUCUGCAGUGGACAUAUACCUCUCAAAUCAUCCAGAAAGUGUUUACAUCAGGAUUGGACCCAAUAAAAGAGUAACGGUAAAUGGAAAUGAUGUGUCUCUUCCCACCACAGUGGGAAUCUUAGCUCAGGUGGUAAGGCAGGGAAGCUACAUAGUGGUUGAUGCCUCUGACUUGCUAGUCCAGUUUGAUGGUCAGAGCACUUUACUGGUCAGACUGGGCCAAAACCGUCAUGACAGAGUCACAGGGAUGUGUGGAAACUCUAACAAUGAUCCUUCAGAUGACAAAGUCUUACCCAAUGGCACACUGGCACAAAACGAUAAUUAUUUUGGACACAGCUGGAAGUCACCCACCAGCCAAUCAGGAUGUGGCUCCACUGAUGAAGAUGAUGAUGGACUGAAUGACUGCACCUUUAGAGAAGAAUACUCCCAACUCUGCAGUGUCAUCACCAACACCACCGGUCCAUUCAGCGCCUGCCACCUGCACUCUGACCCCGAGCCAUUUUUCUCUUCCUGUGUCUACGACCUCUGCCUCUACACUCCAGCCAAUGGCAUGCUGUGUUCCGCUGUCUCCGCCUAUGAGAGAACCUGCUCUGUUCUGGGGCUAGACAUCCCCGACUGGCGCUCUGCUUUGCAUUGUGAUGAGUCAGACCCCUGUGAAAAGCUGGACUGCACAGAGCACGAGUGGUGUGGUGAGAAGGACGGUGUCUAUGGCUGCUUCUGUGAUGAGCACCACCAUCGGCCAAACAAUGAGAGCUAUGACUCGGCCAUCACUUGUGUCAGUAGUUCUGGCACCAUAUCUCUGUCCCGCUGUCAGCUGUUUGAGGCCGGCUUCCACUCUGAUGCCCUCCAUCUUCGAGAUGAAACCUGCAACGGGACUCUUGAGGAUGGUCGACUGGUUUUCCACUUCAACAAUGAUGACCAGCUUUGUGGGACAAUGCUGAGGAGCAACGGGACUCAUUUCAGUUAUGAGAACACCAUCAGCGGGGAUGUGGACUCUCAUGAUGGUCUCAUAAGUCGUGAGAAGAGCAUCCACCUGCACUUCUCCUGUGACUAUCCUCUGACCCAGGCACUGUCUAUGGAUGUUGGCAUCAACCCUGUAGAGAGCAUUGUAAACAAGAGACUUCCAUCUGGUCUGGGCCAUUAUCAUUUGAGGAUGAUACCCUUCCGGGACCCUGGCUUCCACUUCCCUUUGACCAGAAACAGAAAUUUAGAAAUGGAAAUAGAUGAGAGGUUAUACAUUGAGGUUCAGACACAGGGAAUCGAUGAGCGGCAGAUCUCCACUAUUCUGGACUCUUGCUGGGCAACGCCUGUUAAUGAUGCCAGCUACCCUGUGCGCUGGGAUCUCAUCACUACACAGUGUCCUAAUCCAGCAGAUGGCACAGUAGAGCUGGUUCAGAACGGCGUCUCCACCGUAGCCCGUUUCUCAUUCAGGAUGUUCACCUUUACCAACUUUUCAUCUAUCUACCUGCACUGCCAGGUCCACCUGUGUCUUUUGAGACACAAUAACUGCACAGCUCAUUGCUACCCAGGUUACCAUGCAAGAGUGGCGAGGGAUAUUUCCUACCAUGACAGUGAAGGCAUUUCAUUGGGACCGCUAGUAUUGAACACAGAUCUUGGUUGUUUUCUUACAGAAAGAAGAAUGAAAGCAAGCAGCUCUCCAGGCCUCUUGACAUCUCUGGUGACCCUGAUAGUCUGUUUGCUGACUGCAAAUAUUCUGAUCUAGAGAAAUCAAGUUAAUGCACAAAUUACAGCAAACUCAGCAGUCGUAUAAUAACUGAGUAUAAAUGUAAUAAUUAAAACUAGAAUCAGAAGACUUUUUUUUAUAUAUACAUAGAGGAAUACUGAUGGUCUGAAAAGUGGAUGUUACUGAAUAUUUGACAUCUGUGAAAAUGCUUCUUAUUUGCUCCGAGUGCUCCUGUUUGUAACUGCUGCAGUUUUUCUUUGCAACACUGGAGGGCAGCAUCUAAUCAAAAACCUAUCUUGUAUGCUUCUGUUUCCAGUUCAUGAGUUUUAACUUCAGGUCAUUCAGGUUCAUUUUAACAUGGUUACAUCAUGAUUUAUUUUGUAGUAUUCAUUCAUUCAUUAGCAAAUAUAAAAAUAAUGAAGAAGAAAUGUAUGUGUGAAAUAUGAAUGUCUUGUAAACUGUGAGAAAAUACAGUCUGAAUUGAUUGACAGUUUUGCUUUCUUUUCUCUUUUUGAAAGUAAAAAUGUUACUACAUUGCUUUCUAUUCACUUUUUGAAUUCACAAAGAGGGCUCUUCAUGUAACUGUAAUAAAGGAGGAAAACUCCA